AUGAAAAAAGUGAAAUUUGAUAUAAAUAGAAACGAAAGAUUCAAUCAAGCUAAAAAUAAAUUAGCCUCAGAUUCUCAUCUGCCUAAUGAUCCUAGUUGCAAAGCUAAAGGUCCUCGUUCUUAUUCUGAAAGUCCACGUGCAGGUACCAUUCCUGUUAAGCCAAAACCCAUAAUUGUAGAAUCGUUCAAAAAGUCCUUACUCCUCCCUUCCGUGAGCGAGCAAGACCAUUAGAAAAAUCCCUAUUUUCUGCUUAACAAAAAUUUUUUUUUUAUAAAUAAAAUUUUGAUAUAAGCUAUUAUUAUAAUGAAAUAUUAGUUAUUUGUUUAAUUUUUGAACAAAUUGAAAUUUUGGCAUAAAUUUUACAAAUUAAAUAAAUAUUUACUUCACAAAUUUUUACGAAUUGGGAUUUUUAAAAACUUGAAAAAAUUUACUGUAAAAUUAUAUAUAAAAUGUUUACAUUAAUCCCUUCGUGAGUGAAAAAAUGUUUUUGUUUGCUUAGGGAGGGGAGAGUUAAUAAAUAUGGAAGAAAAAUUCAAUUCUUAUAAAAAAGAAAUCAUAAAUCAAAAUAAGGAAUUAAUAGAAAAAAUUGAGGAAAAUUUAAAUAGAAGACUCAAAAUAAUUGAUGAUAGCUUAGAUAUUAUAGAAAACGCUUUACUUGAUCUUACCGAUCUGAAUAAAAUAAAAAACAAUAAGAAGCUUUACCAAGCGCUUUUGAAUUCUGAUCUAGAAGCAGCAAUAAAUAAAAUUAAUGCAGAUCUAUUUAAAGUCUCAGAGAGCCAAAAUAUCACGGACUUGUUUUAUCCAAGAAAUGAUAUAUGAGCCGUCAAGAAUACAAAAACAAGCCAAGAGCUUAGAAGUGCCCUAGAAGCCUUGGAAAAAUUCAGGUGUGAAAUACCCAAUAUGAUUAAAAAUACGUUAAUUAAUACUAUUGAUGGAAAAUAUAAUGAUCAAAGAACAGUAAUUUUAUCAUAUGAAAGAGCAGGAAAAAAAUUCGAAGAGAGAGCCAAAAUGGGGUGUAAUUUUUCUUAUGAAAAUAAUAAAAAAUUGGAUAGCCAUAAAACAAAUUCUCAACAUUUAGUGAAAAUAAGGCUUCCAAACUAUUUAUUAUGGCGCAAAUCUUUUUUGUCCUUAGUAUUGUGAUGGUCUUUCUUUACAAAAACGGUCCGCAAAUGGUUAGAAGUGCAAUUGCUCAAAGCUAUUAGAAUUAAUAAUAAAAUCAUUAGCUAUGAUAAUUAA